AUGAGCUCAAUGAACACUUGUGUGCGCAACCUCACACGCACAAUCGUCACAAAUAGCUACAGCUCCACUCUUGGCCCGGCUACGGCAGCAGAACGUGAAGAUAUCGACCGCACCAUUCGCAUUCUGAUCGCCAUUCCCUAUGCUAUCAAGAACCACCUGCGUGCUGAAUGGGGUGCCGCCUGGGAGCUGGGUGGCAUGGCCGGAAACGACUGGGGCUUGGGUGAACGUGGCUCAGCCGGGUAUAACCCCGAAUAUGCGGGUCUACUUCCGGCCGGUCUGGAGGGACACGAAGAUGAAGGCCUCGGUUUGCCUUAUCAGUUGACCUUCUUUGUGGAUUCGUUCAUCAAGCGUGGUGAGGACCGCGGUUGGUUCAAUGCGCCUGGUGCCAGUCAGAUGCAGGCACAGUUGAAUGCUCUUUUGGACGCGUAUGGCAGGAUGGAGACUAUUAAGUUGACGCCUAUGCCAGUGGCUCACCUGAUCCACCAGAAACAAGUUCUCGCCUUGUUUGGCUGCGUUCUUCCAUUCGCCAUGGUCGAUGAGAUGGGUUGGUGGGCUAUUCCCAUCGUCAGUCUGGUGAUCUUUACCCUGUAUGGUAUCGAAGGUAUUGGCUCCCAGCUUGAGGAUCCCUUCGGCUACGACCGGAACGAUAUCAAGAUGGAUGCUCUCGUCGGCGAUUCCAAGACAGAGAUUGACGUCGUUUUAACUGAGUGGCGCAACUAUUGCAAGUCAUUGGAAAGCUUCCGCGAGGGACAAGGGCACGGAGACAAGUGCGUCAAUACUCAAGAGAAGAAGUACACGCCUCCCGACCUAUUCUUGAAGCUGAGGACCAGACCUCGAACCAUGAAUUAA